AACGUAAAUUCGAAGAACAUCCGGUUUAGCACUUCCUUUUUGUGUUUAGUCUCCAACUGAGAAACAAACAAGAUGGUAAAUAUUUUAAAAUAUCAACUUUAAUCCUCCUUGCCAAUCAAUGUUAUACGAAAUUUAUAUUUUUAAAGAAAAUCUUUAUUAUUCAGUUUUUUUUUUCUACCCGAUAUAACUUAAACCUUACAUAUUAUUCACAAAACAUUCAGCUAUCGGCGUUAACUAAAAUUACUGAGAAAGACGUUUGGAAGAAUUCGUGUGUUUAUUACCGUCAAAAAAAAAAAAGGAGCUGACUAUAUAGACUACCAAAUUAUAAGAUGAAAAAUUUAUCUCUCCCUCCGUGGCAAGUUUUGUAAGGCCUUAAGCUUUGGGUAGUUCACUUGGUUGAACAUGAUUUGUUGUCAUGAAUGAUUAAUAUAUCAUUAUUCAUUAAGAAUUAAGAUAUAUUAUAAUUGUAUUAUUUUUAGCUUGUAUUCCUUAUUAGAACGUGCUGAGAAUACUACUGUACUCUUCAGUCAGUAUUACUCAAAGACUACAUUUACAUCAUACUUAAAACAUCACUAAUUUGACUAAUUAAUUGAAUUUCAUUGAUUUGAUUUACACACUUAUUUUAUCCCAUCUCUCCUUUCAUCUCUGAACUUAAAACAUUUAACUUAACAAUUUGCAAUUUAUUGUAUGCACAGAAAAAUGAACCUUGCUAUGUGUUGUCUGAGAGACACAGUGCUGCGUAUUAUUCACUUGGCCACUUGACAGAUUUUCCCCCUACAAUUGCAUUUACGAAAUUAGCCUUGGCUUUGUUGUGAUUAAGUGUUAAAUUUUAUAAAAUGGUGGAUAGGCUAUUGAAUAGAGAGGGGAGAUAAUGAAUAGUGCCUCAUACUCUGCUUUACUUUAUAUAUAGCAUUAUAUUGUCCCAUAUGUUUUUUAACAGGCGGAUGACGAUCUUCAGGAAAAGAAGAAGAAGAGGACUUUCCGCAAGUUCACUUACAGAGGAGUGGAUUUGGACCAGCUGUUGGACAUGUCAAUGUAAAUGCUUGCUUUUAAAUUGAGAAAUUACCAUAUAGGCCUAUCAAUAAUCUUCUCUAAGUAUGCUUUAGCAGGUGUGAUAUACCCCGGCAACCCCUCUUGUUGAAACAGUAAAUCGACUUAAUAGUCAAUGCAAAGAAGUAAUGCCAUGAAGUCAUUUGGAUGUUUAUUAAAGUUGCCUUGAAUUAGGGUUCAUGUUAGGUUUAGGGAUACAUUUAGGGUUCAGGUUAGGUUUAGGGAUACAUUUAGUUAGGUAAAGUGAGAGAAUUAACUGGUCGUGUCAACCAAGAUGGCAAUCAUGGGAAAAAGCCAUGGCAUCUCUUCCUUGCAAUUACCACUUCCUGAAUCUCACGGAUACCACUGUUACUUAUGGAGUCUGUCAUGUUCAUUUUGAACUUGUUUGGCACUUCCAAAGUGUCUUAUAAAUAAUUAUACCCUGAUGGGCUAGUCCACUGACAUAGGGUAAUUUGAAUGUUAUAUUCAUGGCAAUUUGCAGUAUGUCUGUUUAGUAAGUGUAUUAUAUGUGGUAGGUCCAUUCAGAAGUUUAGUAUCCUGGUAGGCCAAUCUUUGCAUAAUAAAUCUUAAGUAUGAUAAUUUAAUACAAAUUCUGUUCCAUCAGGGACCAACUUGCUGACUUGUUCAACUGCAGACAGCGCCGUCGCCUGAACAGAGGAUUGAAACGCAAGCCCCUGGCUCUUAUUAAGCGUUUGAGGAAGGCAAAGAAGGAAGCUGGCCCUUUGGAAAAACCAGAGGUAUUAUUAUAAAAAUAAACUUACAGAGGAGGCCUUCAUAUAUACUAUUUGUACUUUUUACAAUGUGAGCAUUUAAUUUGGAAUCCAUGUGUAUAAUCUACUUUUUUAACUGAUAAUCAGAUCAAUAAUUAGGCCUCAUUGUUAUAAAUAGUUUAGCUCUCAAAAUGUAGUUUCAACAUUUAUUAGACAUGUGGAUACUCUUGUGUGGUUUUCUUAGUUGCUUAAAAUAUUUUCAGGUUGUUAAACAUAGUCUCUUAAAAUAAUCUUCAGGUUGUUAAAACACAUCUUCGUGACAUGAUAAUUGUUCCUGAAAUGAUUGGUAGCAUCGUUGGUGUGUACAACGGUAAAACUUUCAAUCAAGUUGAAAUUAAGGUUGGUUACUUUUUUAAUUGUAACCCUUAAGAUUUGCUGGGCCCUUAAAUUUGGAUAAAGAUAAUACAAAAUUGACACUGUUGUUAUUGAUGAUGAUGUGUGUGAAGUAGACACUUAAUGUUUGACCUUCGUGUAUUGCCUAGUUACAGACAACUGGAUAACAAACUGCUUAAUAUUUCAGAAAUUUCAAAAUUUAUGUCUAGAAACAGGAAGGAAGCUAUUGAUAACCUAUUUCAUUUUAAAAAAUAAUGUUACUUGACCUCUGAAAGUCAUGAUCCUAUUUUCAAAGUCUGUUCACAAUUGGAUACCAGUACAGUUCUGAAAAAUUCCCUUACAAGUGUGAAGCAAGGGGAGAUUAACAUUGAUAAAGCCAUUGUCAAUGGGUGAGCUGUAUCUUGACAAGCAUCACCAUUUUUUCUUUGACAAUUUUCUUACCGGUCUCAAAUAUUGUUAAAGAUUAGAUGGAAAUAUUUGGUCAAAUUGGAGUGUGGAUAAUUUUUAUGUCAAUGAUCCUUUGAGAUCCUAUUAUCCAAUUGGCAGAAGAAGUAGGAAAUGGUGGCCUCUUCUAUGGAUUCUGCUUCAGGUUGCCACAAUCAAUGCUGUCACUGAGUACAAACAUGUGGAGAAAUCUGACAUGCUUGGACUUAGCUGAUGCAGCAGCUCAUGGCUGGAUCAUUAAAGUAUUGUACAGCAAAUGACAGCCCUGCAGCUACUGGCACUAAGACAUUUGUCCACACAAUGCAUCAGUCAAGUAGAAUGUAUGCCAGGAAAAAACAUGCUGAGUUUUCAAAAGCUAAGCAAAAGACCCCUACAAAUAGUCCCAUAGAAUCUUCCAAUAGAUGCCUUUGUGCAAAGUGUAUUUAUGUAAAGUACACAGCUUUGCUGCUUUUCACAAUCUAAUUUAAGAUCAAAAAUAAAAACUUGUACGGUUCACAUUUCUUUUCCCUUUAAAUUUGUUUCUCAUUUUUGUCAUUUUAUUGCAUGGCACAGAGUAUAUAGUAUAUACAAAAUAAUCCAAUGAUAAUUUUUCAAAUAGAGCAAACGUUUCUGAAUUCAGUGCACUUUAUUUCAUGUAACUAUGUUGUCAGAAGAUUGGCUAUUCCGUAUAUUGGGGUCCAUGUGACAAUAUAAACUUUUGGGCAAUAAAUGUACAUUUAAAAGCACACAUAAUUUGUUAUGAAUGUAUUAAAUGAAUUUUGAACAGUAAAUUUUGGCAUUUAAUUAUUAGCUUAUCUUGUGUCCCACUUCUGAUUAUAAUAUUGAAAUAAUAAGCAUCACUUUGAUGUUUUGCAUAUGUAAUGUAAAGAUUACUUUUGUUUGUUUUUCAGCCUGAAAUGGUUGGUCACUACUUGGGGGAGUUUUCAAUUACAUACAAGCCUGUAAAGCAUGGUCGUCCUGGUAUUGGUGCCACCCACUCCUCCAGAUUUAUUCCACUGAAGUAACAACCUGAAUAAAUGUUUUAAAAUUGUU